AUGAAUCAAAAGUUUGUAAUAUUAUCAUUAUUGAUAGCAUGCUUUACCGUUAGCCAAGUCGCGGCAUUUAAUUUAGGGCAUGGAAAGGACAUAAAGAAGGUAGCUGCGGCCGGAAUGCUUUCUAAAAAAAAGGCGAAAGAUGCAGAAUCCGCGGCUAAAAAAGUUGCCGCAAGGAUUGAAGAGGCUAAAAAGAUAAUGGAUCGUACUCUAAAGGAGUUAAAAAAGAAUGGCCAAUACGAUAUAGCAAAGGAAAUUAAAGCCGCAAAAGUAGAACUUAAACAUAUAGGAAAUCAAGAGGUACGUAAACUUUCUCAUGACGUGAAUGCGGCAGUACAUCAAGCUGAUAAAAAAAUUCGCCAGCAUGAAAAAAAAGCUGAUGGAUAUAUCCGCAAAGAAAUCCAGAAAGUCGAUUAUGCCGAUUCGAAAAUAGCUGAUCAAGCUCAAAAAAAAAUCAAGAGUGAGGCAAAUACCAUGAUCCAUUCGAUUAAUGAUGAGGCUCAUAAAUUGAAGACAGAAAUUCGCCAUAAGGUAAAGAAAGCAGAAAAUAAAAUAAUGUCGGAAGCUACAAAUACAGAACAAAUGGCCCAUAAAGUAGUUAAACAAGAAAAAUUUAAAGCUUUUACUGACGUACAAAAAGCAAAGAAAGUAAUGAAAGCUAUUUUAAAGAAGGAACAAGCUAAGGUUAUGUCUGAAGUUGCUAAAGAGGUUAAAAAAACUGCUCUAUCGAUUAAAGGUCCAGUUAUUGCUGAAGUUAAGAAAAUGGUACCUGAAAUGAAAAAGUUUGCCGCAGAUUUAAAAUUUGCUGCCGCUCAAGCGAGUAAAACUGCUACAAAGGCUAAACAAGAUGCAGAGAAGAUAAGAGAAGAAGCUAAUGGUUUGAAUCGAAUGACUCAUGAAAUUAAAAAAUUACAGAUGAAAAUGUUCCAUGAAGCUAAAAAAUUAGAUCACCUCUCAGAUGAAGCUAGACAUGUUGCAGAGAAAGCUAAUAAGGAAGCACGAUUGAUUAUGGAUGCUGUCAAGGUUAUUCAAGCCAAGAAAUAGAAUACAGUCGUUUAAAGAGAAUUAAAUCGAAAUACUAUACGCGUACCAGGUAUCCUCAGUCUGAUCACUUACUAGUAAAAUUACCGUAGCAGUCUAAUUUGCUAUAAAAUCCUGUAGGCUUCUUCUUUACAUCGAUUGACUUUAUUUAAAUACAUAGAUAAAAUGUAUCAGACCUAUAGAUUUUAGAUUUUUAUCGUUAUAAGAAUAAGUAAAUUUAAAUACAUCAAUGUAAAAGCUGCGCCUACGUAUAGAAUUAACGUGAUUUAUAUCAUGAAAAGCAAUUAUCGAAUAGUAUUCGUCGCUAUUGCGCUUUUAAAUAUCCCGAUAUACCAUAACCAAAGUAAUAUUUUAUGAUAUGGUAUAGGUAUGACAGGGCUAUGAAUGUGAUAAAGUAUUAUGAAAAUUCUAUCUUCACUUUCGGAAAUAGUUGUAAAUGAUAUCGUAUCAUACAUGGUUGGUUUUGCUAUUCAG